AUGGCUGCCCAGAAGCGCUCUGCUGUCGAGAAGGCCGCCGCCACGAACGCCGCUGCCGGCGACGCUGAGCGGCCCAUCGACCAGUUUGACCGCGAGUUUCAGAAGUACAACAACAAGCACAAUGCGCUGUCGAGCACCGCGCUCACCUUGGCGCGCACCGAGCUCUCCAAGAACCGCGCGCUCUUGUGGCAAGACGAUAAGCUCCUCAAGGAGAAGAAGGAAGGGUCGCUGACCAAGGAGCGCCGAGCGUACCUCGAGAAGCGCUGCGCCGACCUCGAGACGGCGCUCGACAAGUACCACCACGCGGUCGCGUCGUCCAACUACACGCGCGCGGGCCUUUCGUUCGUGGGCCUCCUCCUCUUCCUCGUGCUCAUGUACUUUCUUAACCAAAAGGUCCCGAUGUUUUGA